UUUUGGAGGGCCCCCAUAGUGCCUGAAUUACACGCAGUUUCAUGGGAUUCUACUGUAUCUCAACAAGUAAGACCAAAAUCAUCAGAUCCGGCACUCUCGUGAGAUUUUGGUGGCUGACAUCUGCGGCACUUUUCCCGCCAAGACACAAAGACACUCGGUGAUAUUGGCCGACAAGGCCUCGUCGACAUCAUUGUUGUGUUUUCUUGCCGUCAUCAUAGCUCCAGUUUGACGACCUUGACGGCACGAGCCACGCACCCAGCAGGGAGUCUGUCUUGGUCGGGAUGCCACUCACGCUUUGAAAGCUUCUCGAGCUCUUUAUCUCACUUAAUCCACACCCGGAAUCAUACCGAGGCGCAAGAUGGGUUUGGGAAUUCUCGAGGAUCGAGUCCUCGAACAUGUCCCUGGCACAACACAAUACUUCGAUGACCCAGAGAGACCACAAUAUGCCACCGACGGCACUCAUGAACACCUCAAGUGCGACCGAAGCGGCCCAGUGCCCAUCGUCCUCGUCCCUCAACCAACAGAUGACCCAAACGAUCCUUUGAACUGGCCGCUCUGGCGUCGCGACCUCAUCACCCUCGUCCUCUCCAUCACUUCAGUCUUCGCCACCGCUUUGGGUCCCAUCCUCGCUGCCGACACCGUUCUGCUGGUUAGCACCCUCAAAGACGUCACAUUCGUCAAGGCUUCCCUCCUGACUGGUUACUUCCUCCUCGGUUGCGGCGCAGGUGCCUUCCUGUUUGUCCCAUCCAGUCGCAUAUGGGGCAAAAGACACUUGUUUGUCCUGGCCACGAUCCUUUUGAUUGUCACCAGCGUGUGGACAGCUGCUUCGGGCAGUAAAAGCUAUACGAACUUCCUAUGGUCGAGGAUCAUCCAGGGCGUUGCGGCCGCCCCCUUCGAGUCCCUCGUCAACGCGGCCGUUGGCGACCUGUACUUCGUCCAUGAGCGCGGCAAGCGCAUGGCCUUCACUAAUCUGGCUGUCUUUGGAGGUGCCUUUUUUACACCCAUUCUUGUCGGCAAGAUCAGCAAUGACAUGGGGUGGCAAUGGACUUUCUACUUCGUCGCCAUCUUCUCUGGCGUGUGUCUCCCGGCUGUUUACUUGUUCUGUCCGGAGACCGCCUACCGUCGUGACCCGACACCACGCUUCUCGGCAACGAAGAACGGCGACGCCCCCAAAGAUGGUGUUGACCAAGAGCAGGAACCCAAACAAGCUCCACCCCCAUAUCAACAAACCGCCAGCACAAGCACCUCCAGCACCGCUCCCGAAGAACCCACCGCCACCAAGGACGAAGAACAAAUCCACACCUCAUCAGAAGCCCCCAUCGACACCACCGGCACUCACACCACCAUCCCACCAAAAGCCACAUUCCUUCAAUCCCUCGCCCUCUUCAACGGCCGCAAAUCCUCCGACUCCUUCUGGAAACUCACCCUCCGCCCUCUCCCCCUCCUCCUGCACCCCGCCUUCCUCUGGGCCUGCCUGAUCCAAGGCCUUCUAAUCGGAUGGACCGUCUUCAUCGGCGUGCUCAUGGCCUUCUUCUUCAUCUCCGUUCCCCUCUGGUGGGACGAAGUACAGACGGGGUACGCCUACACCGGUGCCUUUGUCGGCGCGCUGAUCGGGUUCGCUAUCGCUGGUGGGUUGUCGGAUUGGACGGCGCGGUUGAUGACCAAGUGGAAUGGGGGUGUUUAUGAGCCCGAGUUUAGGUUGGUGUUGGUUAUCCCCCAGAUGGUGCUGGGGUGUGCGGGACUGUAUGGGUUUGGGAUUACGUUGGAUGGCAUGUUGUUUGGCAAGUAUCAUUAUGCGGUGCCGUUGACUUUCUUUGGACUGGAGGUUGCCGGGAUGGUGAUUGGAGCGGUGGCGGGGAGUCUUUAUAUUGUUGAUGCUUAUCGUGAUGUUGUGAUCGAAGGGUUUACGGCCAUGAUCAUCUUCAAGAACUUCUUCAGCUUUGCGUUGACGUUUAAGGCCUGGCCUUGGCUUAUCCAGAGCAGUGUUAAGGCUGAGAAGAUCUUUAAUGCCUUGGGGAGUGUGCAGCUUGUUGUUUGCUUGCUUACUAUUCCGCUGUAUAUCUACGGAAAGCGCAUGCGCAGCUUCUCCUAUCGCCACGACAUUCUGGAGCUUCUCCAUUUGCGAUAGCCGGCUGGCGGCACCAUUAUUAUUAGUACACGAUUUAAUCUCUAAUAUGAUACCCUCGUUUUUGUUCUGUACGAAGUUAUGGGAGAGAAGAUGUGAAGAGGUUGCUCAUGAUGGUUCUUGGAUAUGAGACGCUGGUAUGAAUCAAAUACACAAUCACCAUAUCUCUUACG